AUGAAUGCAAUGUACGGGUUCAAGGGGGAGAUGCUGCACAAGUAUGAUGAACGCCUUUACCAAAUUUUCACUGAAGCGUUCCGCUUGUUGCCACUGGCAUUUGUGGUGAACAACAAAGCAUUCGUAGUUCAUGGGGGUCUAUCUCUGCUGAUGACGGAUUUGUUGUGGUCUGACCCCUCUCCACUUCCUGGACUGACCCCAUCAAAGAGAGGCGUUGCAUGUCAGUUCGGCCCCGACAUUACAGCCAAGUUCCUCAAGGACAACAACUUGAGCUUUGUUAUUCGUUCACACGAAAUGAAAGAGGAGGGUUAUGAAGUUGAACACGGCGGCAAACUGAUAACUGUAUUUAGUGCUCCGAACUAUUGUGACGAAAUGGGCAAUAAGGGGGCUUUUAUCAGGCUGAAAGGUUCCGAGAUGGAGCCGAAAUUCCACCAGUUUACGGCCGUUUCUCAUCCUCCAGGGCCUGCCAUGCAGUAUGCAAAUCCCAUGUUAAGUUUCGUCUGA